AAGCGGGCAUCAGCAGCGCGCGAGAGAAAGAGCGGAGGAGAGAGAGGACAGCGACUGCAGUUGCAUGCUCUCUCUCGACGUUGGAUGGAUGUUUUUGUAAGAGCAUCUGCAACUGGGAAAAAAGGAGUGGGGAAGAGGAGGUAUACACUAACUCACCAAGGAAAGAUCUAUGCUUGGAUUUCGGCUCUUUUUUCUUCACCAAUGCAAAAGGAAAUAUGCAGCGAAGCUUCACCCUCCUGUACACCAGUUUUCUGGGGAUGUGCUUGGGUUCAAGUUUUCCAAGUAACAUCAAUAUAGGGGGACUAUUCCCAACCGAAUCUCACGAAUAUGAGGUGUUUCGGUUCGCGCUCUCGCACCACCAGGAUAUCCCCAAACUGGUGCCGCAGGUGGAUAUGGUCAAGAUGGGCAACAGCUUCUCCAUGACAUAUGCCUUCUGUUCCCAGUUCUCUAAAGGUGUCUAUGCUAUCAUUGGCCUCUACGACAGGAAGACGGUCAAUAUGCUGAUGUCGUUCUGCGGGGCGCUGCACGUGUGUUUCGUCACGCCUUCCUUCCCCAUCGAGACGGCCAACCAGUUUGUGAUCCAGCUGAGACCUGAGCUACAGGACACUCUGGUGGGGGUCAUAGACCACUACGGAUGGACCAAGUUCGUCUACAUGUACAGCUCAGAUUCUGGCCUGUCGGUGCUGCAGAAGGUCCUGGACACGGCUGCUGAGAGGAGCUGGCUGGUGACGUCUGUCAACGUGGAGACCAUGACGGAGGCCUCGUUCCUCAAGGUGUUCCAAGACCUGGACAAGAGGAAGGAGGGACAGAUCAUCAUCGACUGUGAGACCGAAAGACUCACCUCCAUCCUAAAAAAGAUCGUUGAACAGGGGAAGAAUGCUAAGAGUUAUCACUACAUCCUGGCCAACCUGGGUUUUCUGGACAUUGAUCUAACGGACCUGAGGAAAGGCGGGGCCAACAUCACAGGCUUUCAGCUGGUCAACUACACAGAGCAGAACGUCAGCCGUACCAUUCAGCAGUGGAUGGAGUUCGAGAACAAAGACGCCAAGUUCCCCAAGAGACGCCUGAAGUACACCGGAGCGUUGACAUAUGAUGGGGUGAAGGUGAUGUCUACAGCAUUCCAGAACCUUCGGAAACAGAGGAUAGACAUCUCUCGCCGUGGCAAUGCAGGCGAAUGCCUCGCCAACCCGCCGGCACCCUGGGGCCAAGGCAUAGAUAUACAGAGAGCCCUGCAACAGGUGCGUAUCCAUGGCCUGACUGGUCAUAUCCAGUUCAAUGAGAAAGGACGCAGGACCAACUUCACCGUCAGUGUCAUGGAGCUAGCCCCCUCUGGACCUAAGAAGGUGGGCUACUGGAAUGAGGACGAAAAGUACGUGAGCACAGCCACCUUCAUGAGAGGAAGCAACGACAGCAGCUACGGCCUACAGAACAGGACCUACAUAGUUACCACCAUCCUGGAAUCCCCAUACGUGAUGCUGAAGAAGAACCAUGAUCAGCUGUCAGGGAACGAUAAGUACGAGGGUUACAUCGUGGAGCUAGCAGCUGAGAUCGCCAAGCACGUUGGCUACCACUACAAACUGAAGGUGGUCUCAGAUGGUAAAUAUGGAGCCAGAGACUCCGAGACCAAGAUGUGGAACGGCAUGGUUGGAGAGCUGGUGUAUGGGAAAGCAGACGUGGCGGUAGCCCCGCUGACCAUCACCCUGGUCCGAGAAGAGGUGAUCGACUUCUCCAAGCCCUUCAUGUCUCUGGGUAUCUCCAUCAUGAUCAAGAAGCCCACCAAGUCUAAACCAGGUGUCUUCUCCUUCUUGGACCCGCUGGCCUACGAGAUCUGGAUGUGUAUCGUGUUCGCCUACAUCGGUGUGAGCGUGGUCCUGUUCCUGGUGAGCCGCUUCAGCCCCUACGAGUGGCACGCAGAGGACUAUGAGGAGGGGGCCGACCCCCAGACCCCUACCCAGCCGACGGGGUCCGGUGCUGGGUUACAGUCGGGGCAGAGUCCUGGUCAGCCAGGCCAGAACCAGCAGAAUCAGGAACAGACCAACGAGUUUGGCAUCUUCAACUCUCUCUGGUUCUCCCUGGGAGCCUUCAUGCAGCAGGGAUGUGACAUCUCACCCAGGUCUCUGUCAGGGCGGAUAGUGGGUGGCGUGUGGUGGUUCUUCACUCUUAUCAUCAUCUCGUCCUACACGGCCAAUCUAGCUGCUUUUCUCACAGUGGAGAGGAUGGUGUCCCCCAUAGAGAGUGCUGAGGACCUGGCUAAACAGACCGAGAUCGCCUACGGAACUCUGGAUGCUGGCUCCACCAAAGAGUUCUUCAGGCGGUCUAAGAUCGCGGUGUUUGAGAAGAUGUGGUCAUACAUGAAGUCGGCCGACCCCUCAGUAUUCGUGAAGACCACAGACGAGGGAGUGAUGAGGGUCAGGAAGUCUAAAGGGAAGUAUGCCUAUCUGUUAGAGUCCACCAUGAACGAGUACAUCGAGCAGAGGAAACCCUGUGACACCAUGAAGGUCGGGGGGAACCUGGACUCUAAAGGAUACGGCAUCGCCACGCCCAAGGGCUCACCCCUCAGGAUCCCGGUAAACCUAGCCGUGUUGAAGCUCAAUGAGCAGGCCGUCUUAGACAAACUAAAGAACAAAUGGUGGUACGAUAAAGGAGAGUGUGGCAGCAACGACUCCGGACGCAAGGAUAAGACGAGUGCGUUGAGCCUGAGCAACGUGGCCGGAGUGUUCUACAUUCUGAUUGGAGGGCUGGGCCUGGCCAUGCUGGUGGCGUUGGUGGAGUUCUGCUACAAGUCACGAACCGAGUCUCAGAGAAUGAAGGUGUCCACCGCGCGUGCCGCCGCCGCAUCCGCCGCUCAGACCUUUCAGUGCUCAGCCUUAGACACAGGGGGCGCUACUGCUCCUUACACAGAGCUGCAGAGCUACAGCCUGUACUCCAACAACACUGUUAAGAUAUAGGAGAGAGAGAACAGAGGACACGGGCAGAACAUCAACGACGCCAUGCACUGCUCCACCAUGACCAGAAUGAGUGGGAACGGGAACGGGAACGGGGGAGGAGGAGGAAUAGGAGGAGCAGGAGGAGGAGAGAAUGGACGCAUCCUAACUCACGACUUCCCUAAAACAGUCCAGACUCUCCCCUGCAUGAGCCACAACGCCAGCAUGGGGCUCAGCGCCUCCGGCAUGUAAUCACAUGACCUGGCACAAGGGGCUGAGCAGGAGACUGACUCAUAGACCUUACAAAGAUGGCCACAUUAAUGGUGACAUUGACCUUAUGAACAUGGCCGUCUUUCUGACACGUUGUUUAUGUGGUGGCUGCGUGAUGUGUGUCCGAGACAGACUUCAAUACUGCUGCCAAAUGCAUUCUGAAAUCACUCAUUACGAACAGGGGAAAUGUAGAUGGAGUAUAAAAAUGAAAACAAAAGAAGAUGAGGAACAUGUUGCUACGAAAAGGGGCCAUUGUUGGGCCGAGAUGUUUUUUUUUCUUUUGUUCAGAUUUUUUGAAAGAAGGUAUUCAUUUCUGUGUAAAAAAAGAGAGAACUAUCCCGUAAAUGCCGCCUGACCUGCCCUGAGAUGACCUUCUCUGCCCUGCCCUGCCCUGAGAUGACCUUCUCUGCCCUGCCCUGCCCUGAGAUGACCUUCUCUGCCCUGAGAUGACCUUCUCUGCCCUGACCUGCCCUGCCCUGCCCUGAGAUGACCUUCUCUGCCCUGACCUGCCCUGAGAUGACCUUCUCUGCCCUUGCCCUGAGAUGACCUUCUCUGCCCUGAGAUGACCUUCUCUGCCCUGACCUGCCCUGCCCUGCCCUGAGAUGACCUUCUCUGCCCUGACCUGCCCUGAGAAGACCUUCUCUGCCCUGAGA